GUUUCUUCUUAGGGUGGCAGAGGAGGAAAUUGCUCCCCGAUUGAUAAGACAACAGGACAGAGAGAACGUGUGCUAUUUCUUAGGGACCCAGCUGAUCUCCAGAUAGGACCAUGUAUCUGUGGCUUAAACUGCUGGCAUUUGGUUUUGUUAUUCUGGACACAGAAGUGUUUGUUACAGGACAGAGUCCAACUUUUUUCACUACUGGACUGACUACAACAGAGAAGGUCACUGCUCUGCCUCCAAGGGACCCCUUACCUGCUCACACCACUGCAAUCUUACUCCCAGACAUCUCUGAAAGAGGAAAUGACUUCUUAGAGCCCACACCUCUUCCUGGUCUAGGUGUUACAUCCACACAGACGCCUCACCUUCCCACGCACGCCGGCUCUCAGGCGCCCUCUGGCGGAAGAGCUGACACUCAGACACUCAACAGCAAGGCUGUCAUUGCACCCACGCCUGCUCCAGGCGGGCUCCAUCCAUCAGGUGUCCCAGGAGAGGAGAGUACACCUGGCAUAUUUCCUGAAGGCUCAGCCCUCACCGCAACCACCCUCAGACCUGCACGCAGCAGCUCUGCUGACUCACCUGCACACACCUCCAACAUCAGCACUGCAGAUAGCGCCUCAGAUUCUACUAUACCGCCCACUAUAAGACUUGCAUCAAGCACUGUGACUCCUCCAACCACAACAAUAGCUACAACUCAGCCUAAGCCAUCAUGUGAUGACAAAUAUAGAAAUGUCACUGUGGAUUACUUAUUUGACAAUAAUACUAAAUUAUUUGAGGCAAAGCUAAAUGAUUACCUAGACUCUGCUUGUAAACCAGAGGAAUGCAAAAAACUAAAAGAAUGUUCAAUGUCCAACAUUACUCUAGUUGAUUCUUCAUGCACUUCAAAUAAAACCUUAGCAUUAGAUGUACCACCAGAUCCUGAAAGAUUUAAUUUACUUGAUUGUACAUUGAAAGAAAUAGCAAAUAUUUCUAUUUGUUUAGAGUGGACAGUAAAAAGGGACUAUACUUGUGAUGAGAAAAAAAUUUCAUUCACAUUUCAAUGUGACACUAAUAAAUCUUGUAGUGGAAAACAAACAACAGAUAAAAGAAAAAUUGAAUUUAAAGACUGUCCUCCCAAACAUACUUUUAGAUGUUUCUCAGAAGUUCUCUAUAAUCAGAAGAAAUAUUUACAUCAAAAUAAGAGUUUGGAAACAGAUUUGGGAAUUCCAGAAAAACCUGAAAAAUUUGUGUGUAACAAUGUAACUUCAAAUACAGGAAUACUAACUUGGAGUCCCCCUCCAACUUUAUUCCAUGGAUUUAUACUAUGCUUUGAGAAAAUUCAAGAAGGAAACUGCGUCAACCUGCCUCAGAAUAUGACCAAAUAUGAAAUGACAUCCCUGAAACCUUUUACAAAACAUCAUGCACAGUUAUAUGCCUAUACCAUUGGAAGAGUGCAACGUAAUGGAAAUGCUGUGGAAUGCACAUUUCUGACAGAUGCAGACACUCCAAGUGAGGUACAGGAUGUGGAUAUCAUAAAGGAGUCAGAUAACAGUGUAAGAGUGACAUGUAAAUCUCCAGCAAAUACUAACGGCCCAAAUACAAGUUACCAUUUGGAGGUCAAAAGUGGAAAUACUAUAUUUGUACAAGCAAAUCAUGUGUGCUUGUUUCUAGUAGAAAAUCUCUACUACUCAACUGAGUAUGAGUUGCAAGUCUAUUUUAACAAUGGGAUAUAUAAGGGAUAUCCAGUUAAAAAAUACUUUUCGACAUCAUAUAAUUCCAGAGCACUGAUUAUAUUUUUGACAUUCUUGAUUAUUGUGACAUCAGUAGCCUUGCUUGUGGUUCUCUAUAAAAUCUAUGAUCUGCAUAAGAAACGAUCCAGCAAUUUAGAUGAACAACAGGAACUUGUUGAAAGGGAUGAUGAAAAGCAACUGAUGAAUGUGGAGCCAAUCCAUGCAGACACUUUGUUGGAAACUUACAAAAGAAAGAUUGCUGAUGAGGGACGGCUUUUUCUGGCUGAAUUUCAGAGUAUUCCACGGGUGUUCAGCAAGUUUUCUAUCAAAGAUGCUCGAAAGACUUCUAACCAGAAUAAGAACCGCUAUGUUGACAUCCUUCCCUAUGAUUAUAACCGUGUUGAACUCUCUGAAGUAAAUGGAGAUGCAGGGUCCACCUACAUAAACGCCAGCUAUAUUGAUGGCUUCAAAGAACCCAGGAAAUAUAUUGCUGCACAAGGUCCCAGGGAUGAAACUAUUGAUGAUUUCUGGAGGAUGAUCUGGGAACAAAAAGCCACAGUAAUUGUCAUGGUCACUCGAUGUGAAGAAGGCAACAGAAACAAAUGUGCAGAGUACUGGCCGUCCAUGGAAGAAGGCACUAGGACUUUUAGAGAUGUCAUUGUUGAAAUCAAGGAGCACAAACGAUGUCCAGAUUACAUCAUUCAGAAACUGACCAUUACCAAUAAGAAAGAAAAAGCAACUAGAAGAGAAGUUACUCAUAUUCAGUUUACGAGCUGGCCAGACCAUGGGGUUCCUGAAGAUCCUCACCUGCUCCUCAAGCUGCGAAGGAGAGUGAAUGCCUUCAGCAAUUUCUUCAGUGGUCCCAUUGUGGUACACUGCAGUGCUGGUGUUGGACGCACAGGCACCUACAUUGGAAUUGAUGCCAUGCUGGAAGGCCUGGAAGCAGAAGGCAAGGUGGAUGUCUAUGGUUAUGUGGUCAAGUUGAGGAGACAGAGAUGCCUCAUGGUUCAAGUGGAGGCACAGUACAUCUUGAUCCAUCAAGCCUUAGUAGAAUACAACCAGUUUGGAGAAACAGAAGUGAACUUGUCUGAGUUACAUUCAUGUCUACAGAACAUGAAGAAACGAGAUCCGCUCAGUGACCCAACCCCUUUAGAGGCUGAGUUCCAGAGACUUCCUACAUAUAGGAGCUGGAGGACACAACACAUUGGAAAUCAAGAGGAAAAUAAAAAGAAAAACAGGAAUUCUAAUGUCAUUCCAUAUGAUUUUAACAGAGUGCCACUGAAACAUGAGCUGGAGAUGAGCAAGGAGAGUGAUCAGGACUCCGACGAAUCUUCUGAUGAUGACAGUGACUCAGAGGAAACAAGCAGAUACAUCAAUGCAUCCUUUGUAAUGAGUUACUGGAAACCAGAAAUGAUGAUUGCAGCCCAAGGACCACUGAAAGAGACCGUCAGUGACUUUUGGCAGAUGAUACUCCAAAGAAAAGUCAGAGUGAUUGUUAUGCUGACAGAGCUUACAAGUGGAGACCAGGAAUUCUGUGCUCAGUAUUGGGGAGAAGGAACGCAAACACACGGAGACAUGGAAGUGGAACUCAAAGACACAAAAAAGUCUCCAUCUUAUACUCUGCGUGUAUUUGAAUUGAGACAUUCAAAGAGGAAAGACCCUCGGACUGUAUACCAGUACCAGUACAAAGCUUGGAAUGCAGAGCGGCUUCCUGCUGAACCCAGAGAAUUAGUUUCCAUGAUUCAGGCACUCAAACAGAAGCUCCCUCAAAGGAAUCCUGCUGAAGGGAAUAAGUGUCACAAGAAUGUGUCCAUCCUAAUUCACUGCAGAGAUGGAUCUCAGCAAACAGGAUUGUUUUGUGCUUUAUUCAAUCUCUUGGAAAGUGCAGAAACAGAAGAGGUGAUAGAUGUUUUUCAGGUGGUGAAAUCUCUACGCAAAGCCAGGCCAGAAAUGGUUUGCACAUUUGACCAGUACCAGUUCCUGUAUGACAUCAUUGCCAGCACCUACCCUGCCCAGAAUGGACAAAUAAAGAAAAACAGCACUCAAGAAGAUACAAUUGAAUUUCAUAAUGAAGUGGGCAAAGCCAAACAGGAGACUAACUGUGUCAGUCCACCUGGGGCCUCUGAGCAGACCCAGGAGGGGAACAAAGAGCUGGGAGUUUCUGAACCCACUAGGAGCACAGAGGGUACAGAACAUUCCGCCAAUGGUCCCAUGAGCCCAGCAUUAACUCAAAGCUCAUAGGAAAAGUCAUCAAUGGGACAAUUCAAAACUUCCACCUACUAGUUGUUUCUGUUUUGCUAGAAGUAGGAGGAAAUAGCUGUGGCAGAGCUUCAUGAAAUCUGUUGAGAUCCACAUUUUGUGUGAAAAUGUUAUUACCAUUGUGGAACAAAUAUUUAAGUUCAUUUUGCUAAAAUUUUUUGUAUAGUCUUGCACUCAUAUAAAAUGUUAUCUAUUGUUCAGCAAGAACACCUUUGUAGUGGUGUGUGUGUGUGUGUGUGUGUGUGUGUGUGUGUGUGUGUGUGAGAGAGAGACAUCAGA